AUGGAAUAUUCUUAUUCUUGGCGUCAGAGAAAGCAGAACCAGACUGCCAACGAUCUGACGAUAGAGAGUCUUCACCUUGUAGACUCACUUUCAGCUAAUGGGAAUCUUUGUCUUUCCCUCUGUCUUUCAAUUUCUAUCACAUGGCUUGAGGAGGAUCGAAUUCAAUUUGUUGUGCAUAUAGCCCAUGAAUCAAUAGAAGAAGUGGAUGAACCAGAAUCGGAGAGAUACAUAUUAAAUAAAGCACUUUUAGUCAACCAAUCGGAAAGAGAAGAGGGGAGACUUGCUACCAUAGCUGAAAUGGUUGAAGGUUUUAAGGAUCUGCAGGCUCCUUUCUUUCCUACCCUAUCUUCGUGA